GCGGUUUCUCUGGGCGGCGGCCGUGCUCCAGCCCGAUGCUCUGGGACAUGAACCGCAACUGAGCGCUUCCCUCCCACCUUUGGAUGAAGCUCCGGAGCUUAAAUUGUAGGAAGGAAGGGGGAAAAAAACACGAUGAAAGAGAAGUCCAAAAAUGCUGCCCGGACUAGACGGGAGAAAGAAAACAGUGAAUUUUAUGAACUGGCUAAAUUACUGCCCCUGCCCUCGGCCAUCACCUCCCAGCUGGACAAAGCAUCCAUAAUCAGGCUCACCACCAGCUACCUCAAGAUGCGGGUAGUUUUCCCAGAAGGACUGGGAGAAGCCUGGGGCCACUCCAGCCGCACCAGCCCGCUUGAUAACGUCGGACGGGAGCUGGGGUCGCACCUUUUGCAGACGCUGGACGGUUUCAUAUUCGUGGUGGCUCCGGACGGGAAGAUCAUGUACAUCUCGGAGACCGCCUCGGUGCACCUGGGCCUGUCUCAGGUAGAGCUGACCGGCAACAGCAUUUACGAGUACAUCCACCCCGCCGACCACGACGAGAUGACGGCGGUGCUUACGGCUCACCAGCCCUACCACUCCCACUUUGUGCAGGAGUACGAGAUCGAGCGGUCCUUUUUCCUACGGAUGAAAUGCGUACUGGCCAAGAGGAACGCGGGGCUGACCUGCGGGGGCUACAAGGUCAUCCACUGCAGCGGGUACCUGAAGAUCCGCCAGUACAGCCUGGACAUGUCCCCUUUCGACGGCUGCUACCAAAACGUCGGUUUGGUCGCCGUGGGCCACUCGCUGCCGCCCAGCGCCGUGACGGAGAUCAAGCUGCACAGCAACAUGUUCAUGUUCCGGGCUAGCCUGGACAUGAAGCUCAUCUUCCUAGACUCCAGGGUGGCCGAGCUCACCGGGUACGAGCCCCAGGACCUGAUCGAGAAGACCCUUUACCAUCACGUGCACGGCUGUGACACCUUCCACUUGCGAUGCGCUCAUCACUUGUUGCUGGUGAAGGGCCAGGUGACCACCAAGUACUACCGCUUCCUGGCCAAGCACGGCGGCUGGGUGUGGGUGCAGAGCUAUGCCACCAUCGUGCACAACAGCCGCUCGUCGCGCCCGCACUGCAUCGUCAGCGUCAACUACGUCCUUACGGAUACUGAAUAUAAAGGACUACAGCUCUCCCUGGAUCAGGUCACAGCUACCAAGCCGGCAUUCUCAUACGCAAAUUCAACUCCGACCGUAACGGAUAAUAGAAAGGGAAGCAAAUCUCGCCUCUCGAGCACAAAGUCAAAAUCAAGGACAUCACCGUAUCCACAGUAUUCUGGAUUUCACACCGAGAGAUCUGAAUCUGACCAUGAGAGCCAGUGGGGUGGGAGCCCCCUCACCGACACAGCCUCUCCCCAGCUGUUGGAGCCCACGGACAGGCCAAGCUCCCAGCAUCAUGAUGUCUCCUGUGCCUACAGACAGUACUCAGACCGCAGCGCUCUCUGCUAUGGUUUUGCACUCGACCACUCCAGGCUGGGCGAUGAUAGACAUUUCCAUACUCAGGCCUGUGAGGGAGGCAGAUGUGAAGCUGGCAGAUACUUCCUUGGCACACCGCAGCCAGGGAGGGAAGGCUGGUGGGGCUCCCGGUCAGCCUUGCCCCUGACAAAGUCAUCCCCCGAAAGCAGAGAAGCGUAUGAGAACAGUAUGCCCCACAUAACUUCAGUGCACAGGAUUCAUGGGAGAGGACAUUGGGAUGAGGACAGUGUUGUUAGCUCACCUGAUCCCGGUUCUGCAAGUGAAUCUGGUGACCGAUACCGUGCUGAACAGUAUCAGAGCAGCCCACAUGAGCCCAGCAAAAUUGAAACUCUAAUAAGAGCCACCCAGCAAAUGAUCAAAGAGGAAGAAAACAGGCUACAGCUACGGAAAACAACCCCCGAUCCACUGAUCUCCAUUAACGGCACAGGGAAGAAACACACUAUCUGUUUUGCAAACUACUCCCAGCAGCAGUUGGCGGGGGAUAUCUGCCGCAUCCAAACGGUUGCCAACACUCCACCCUGUGAACACAUCCAGCAACGGGAUGGAAAGAUUAUGAGCCCUCAUGAAAAUGACUAUGACAACAGCCCCACAACACUGUCUAGGAUAAGCAGUCCCAAUUCUGACCGAAUAUCAAAAUCUAGCUUGGUACUAGCUAAAGACUACCUGAAUACAGACAUGUCCCCUCAUCAAACUCCAGGUGAUCGCCCAGCAGCUUCUCCAAAUUAUUACAACUCCCACAGGCAGUACUUUGAUAAGCAUGCUUACACAUUAACUGGGUAUGCCCUGGAGCAUCUAUAUGACACUGAAACCAUUAGAAACUAUUCACUAGGCUGCAAUGGAUCACACUUUGAUGUGACUUCUCACUUAAGGAUGCAGCAAGAUCCAGCACAAGGACACAAAGGGACAUCCGUUAUAAUAACCAAUGGAAGCUGACACUUUUUUUCUAAAAACUUUUGUGCUUUAAAAAGUAACCUUAGAGAUCUAAUUGGAAGAUACUAUAUGUUUUCAUGCCCUUGUCAUUACCAGCAUUUGAUAUAUUGCAGUGCACUAGAGAGACUAACCUAAGGUUUGGGAAAAUGAGUUGGUUAACAUAUGUUACUUUUAAAACAUAAAAAUGCACUGGCAUGCAGGGUUAGAGGGAAUGGAGCUAAACUCAAAGUUGGUGCCAUUUGAGAUGUAAAAGAUGGAAGAGGUCUAGGUAGGGAGCACCUGGGCAGGCUAGCAGAGCCAUCUAUGCGCAUUGUGUAAGAGGUGUUUGUUUGGAAACGCUGCCCAGGGCAGAUAUUCUGAACUGUGUGUGUCCCACAGAUCCCAGAUAACAAAACUGCUAUGCACUAUCACAGAAAGUUGGAAUGUGUUCCUUCAAAAUACACAUCAAAAUGUGUAUAUCUGGUGAUCUUUUUAUUCUGUAAAGGCCAAGUGUGUUAUGCUGCUCCGUGGUAUAAAGCAUCCAUGGCCAACCAAUACAAAAUCAAAAAGGGGAGAAAGAACUCCUCUGAUUUGUUAUUUUCUUGUGUACUUACAUGCAUAGUUAUUUACAUACACUUGAUUUGAAAGGAGUCAAAUGAGCAGUAUCCUCAUAAUUAGAAUAAUCAAAUACCCCAACUGUAUUUAAAAGAAGGAAGGAGGGUCUUUCUCAGUGCA